AUGGCAGACGCAACACAGCAGGAUUCGUCGCUGUCUAUUGCCGCGAAUAUUACCGGCAUCCUAACAUUUGUAUUCGCUGCUCUUGCGGCGGCAUACGCGCGUGUGACAUACCUACGCAACAGCGACCAGGAGUUCUUCCAGGUCAAAAUGUCGCUGUGUCGGUAUAAGACGGAGUCCGCGUGGCUUGCGGAACUCGUCAUGGCCAUGGUUAGUCGCUUCGAUACAGAAAGCCAAACCCAGUUCCAAACGUUCAGGCACGUGAUGGAGGACCUCCACAGACUCGAUAAAAAGCUGCUUGAACUAGUCGAGGAGACGGAAACCAGAGCCAGGAGCGAGAAUGAGCGGUAUAGGGACAGGCAGUGGGCGCUCCCAGUUAGGCAGAGAGAGGCGCUGACUGCUAAGGUGUCCUUCACACAGAUAAGCACCGUCCCCUCGUAA